AUGGCUGAAGGUCAUUACACCGACCAGAACCCAAGCUCAAGCAUGAGCAUGGAAGCACUGUCCAUGCAGGAUAGAACACAGGAGGAUGCGAGGGCUCUGUCCCGUGGGUUGGCGUCACUCCCUAUGGAGAUGAUCCUCGAGAUGGUUGAGAGUCUGCCUCCCGCCCAUGACACUGUCCAAACAGGCUAUGCUGGUUCAGAUGCUUUGCAUUCAGCUCAAGCAGGACUUGAUGCGCUGCGAGCUCUGUGCGGGGUCUCCAGGCAAAUGCAAUUUGUUGCGAAGCCACACCUCUACCGAACCAUCGUCGUCUCCGACCCGUACAAGUUGCAUCGUCUCCGUAAAACCCUGGACACCUCCCCUGAACUCGGCGAGCACGUCAAAUCGCUUACUGUGUACCGAUAUUUCGCUGAAUCAGACGUUGAAGAUGAGGACGAUAAUUAUGUUCCAGAGAACAUGACUCUAAGCCAAUUCUCCGAGACGUUGGUAGCAGUCCUUGAGAAAACGCCUAAUCUUGUCACAUUGUCUCUGAAUUUCGACAGAACGACGGAGUUCCAAGACUCAAGGCCUUUCGAGACAUUGGGGGAGUCUCUACACAUGGAUAUCAGUCGUGCAAAAGAUUCCAACCACCCGCAAGGAUUCUUGCCCAACGUGGUGACCUUGGGGAUUUUGCUUCCUUCGGGCGAGGCUUCAGAGAUACAACGAUCUGGAGAGUAUCAGAUCUUCAACGACCUGCUAAACUUGCCCUCCCUGAGCCAUAUUGUUGUCCGGCGACCUGGACCUGGACCCUUCCAAGGUCGCGAAAUCUACGCAGAACUUCUCGUUCUCAUCGCCGACUUGAGGGUUUUCCCAUUGCAGGACGCAGACGGCGAAAAUGUUGCACCGGUGCCAGAAGAUUACCAAGACCAACGGAUACCGGUGCCCUAUCCUAUUGCUCGCCACAUGACAAUUCCAUGGACGAUUUGGUUUCUCGAGGCCAUUGAGGCGCUUUCUCCGACUUACUUCCCGCAGCUGAAUACGGUGGGUCUCGAGUACGAGACCAGUCAAAUCAACGAUCAUGGCUUCGCCGUUAUCAAUCAAAUCCUAAACAGCUCUGAGCGAUACUUUGUCUCAAAAAUGCAAGCUCUACAGGGAACCAUGGAGCAGAAGGGCAUUCACUUCAGUUUAACUAAACUAUGA